GGUCAGAGAGCAAAGGCUAUCCCUCUUUCGAUUCAGAAUACACACAGCCAUCUUGGAUGUAAAGAAAGAAAAGGGAAUUUGAUGCGGUGACAAAAGGCAUGUUUGGUGCUAGAAAGAAAUUUGUUGAGUUCGUCGAGGUAGUCGAUAAUGACUUCACAGAUGAAGGCAUGUACUAUAAUCAGCCGUCGAUGUUCCCACAUCGGUCGGACAAAGAUAUGCUCUCCUCUCCCUCACCAUCAUCGUCAGGUCAGCUGUCGCAGUUUGGUGCGAGUUUGUAUGGUCCACAAAGUACACUGGGCUUCUCUGUCAGGGGCAUGGGGAACAGUACGCCUCAGUUAAACCGAAAUCUAACACAAGGCACACAGCUACCAAGUCAUAUCACUCCCACGACAGGAGUCCCCACCAUGUCUCUUCACACCCCUCCUUCACCAAGCAGGGGGACAUUGCCGAUCAACUCGAGGAACAUGCUGAACCACUCUCAGGUAGGUCAAGGCAUUGGGAUGAGCAGCAGGACCAAUAGUAUGGGCAGCUCGGGGCUGGGCAGCCCCAACCGCAGCUCUCCCAGUAUCAUCUGUAUGCCCAAACAGCAGCCAGCACGACAACCCUUCACCAUAAACAGCAUGUCAGGAUUUGGUAUGAACCGCAAUCAGGCUUUUGGAAUGAACAACUCACUAUCAAGCAACAUCUUCAAUGGCACAGAUGGGAGUGAAAACGUAACGGGACUGGAUCUGUCAGACUUUCCUGCGUUAGCAGACAGGAGUCGAAGAGAAGGGACUGGAAAUCCAACACCGGUGCUCAACCCACUGGCUGGAAGGGCUCCUUAUGUUGGCAUGGUGACAAAGCCAUCGACUGAACAGACACAGGAUUUCUCAAUCCAUAAUGAGGACUUCCCCGCACUGCCUGGCCCGAACUAUAAGGACCCCACGUUGAACAAUGACGACAGCAAAACUAACUUGAACUCUACAAGCAAGAGCACAUCCAAUGCAGACGGGCCCAAGUUUCCCGGAGACAAGGCGGCCUCAGCACAGAACAACAACCUGAAGAAAGGGAUCCAGGUGUUGCCCGAUGGUCGGGUGACAAACAUUCCCUCAGGAAUGGUGACAGACCAAUUUGGCAUGAUUGGUCUGCUGACGUUUAUCCGGGCGGCAGAGACUGAUCCUGGAAUGGUCCAUCUGGCACUUGGGAGUGACCUCACAACACUGGGACUCAACUUAAACUCACCAGAAAACCUGUACCCUAAGUUUGCCUCUCCUUGGGCCUCAUCACCGUGUCGACCACAGGACAUUGACUUCCACGUUCCCUCCGAGUAUUUAACCAAUAUCCACAUAAGGGACAAGUUGGCUGCAAUCAAACUGGCUCGGUAUGGUGAAGACCUGUUGUUCUACCUGUACUACAUGAAUGGUGGAGACUUGCUACAGCUAUUGGCAGCUGUUGAGCUCUUUAACCGUGACUGGAGGUACCAUAAAGAAGAGCGGGUUUGGAUAACAAGGGCGCCUGGCAUGGAGCCUACACUGAAGACCAACACCUAUGAGAGGGGCACCUACUACUUUUUUGAUUGUCUUAACUGGAGGAAAGUAGCCAAGGAAUUUCAUCUGGAGUAUGACAAGCUGGAAGAGAGGCCUCAUGUGCCAACAACGUUCAACUACAACCCAGCCCAGCAGGCCUUCUAAGGCCAGUCCUAAGGCCGCAGCUGUUCCUGCACACAAUGCUGUUGUCCAGGAGGAGGCGCUGUGGUUUACACAGCUUGGUUUUUAUUCCUCAAGGAUUUGGCUAUUUGACUGCGGGGGUCAUCGCCACCAUCAAAACUGCCCUGCCUUUCCAAAAUUACAUGCUGCCCAACACACCAACACUUGUUCUGUUUUUAUUCUUUAUGUUCCUCCUGUUGUUUUUUUUGUCUUGUUUUGAGCAGGGUCUGUGUUACGUUUACGUCUUUGAAUCUGAAGCCUGUUUUCUCCCAGAAUGGAGGACUGACCUUGUGGCACAGGACAGUGACAGAACAAGGGUUAUGCCUCACAUUUCCAGCAAGUGUUACAAACAGGAAAAAAGUGGAGGAAGCAAAGUUAACCGUCAGACGCAAGUGAAAGGGUGAAAGAAUCGCAAUGUUUAUUGUUGCACUAUAUUUAGUAAUAAAAGAACACAAAAUUUG